GCGGAAACGAUUUUGUAAAUACAACUUGACCUUAAAGCAUGGGAGAAUUUUGGGAUAAUAUGUCAUAGUAUUGUAUACUUAAUAUCGUUUAACGUAAAUAAUCUGCAAUACACGGGUUGAAAUGGAUCCCAACCUGCAUUACUGGAAAAGUGAGGGACAGAUGUUCCUUAGUCGACUUAAAAUAUGGGCUAAUCUCCUUGAUCCAAGUUCCUUGCUCUCCUCAAAAGCUGAAAUAAAGAACGCCCGUGUCACUGUUGGCAGUGUUGAGAAAAUAAAUGAAAAGGAUGGAAGUGCGUGGACCUUAUCUCUUUCCUCUGUUCAUGCUGACUCUGGGGCUGUGCUGCCAUUUGCAUUCCGCCCUCCAGCAUUAUUGCCUGUAUCGGCUCCUUUGGUCGUUGCCAGCUUGCUGCCUCACAGCAGUGUCAAGUCUGCUCUUUUUUGUCAGUUUUUGUUGCAGAGUUACAUGGCUGGAUUUAACCAUGUCCAUAGAAAUUCUUCUUCAGAAAAGGCCAAGAAGAUGUCUUUGAAACAGGCUCUUUUGAUCGGAGGGUCGGUUUCCUACACAACAUGUGCAGGGGCACUUCCAUUCAUUUUAAUCCAAAGAUUUGCCAUCGGGAGCCAAUCCUUGCUGUUCUUCUUCAGGUCGAUCGUGCCGGUUCCUCUCUCAGCUGCCCUGGGCUUCUUCAGCGUGUUUACCAUCAGGAGUGAAGAGUCUGAUAAUGGAAUCCAGGUGUUUGAUUCCAACGGCGCUUCUGUAGGAAUCUCUCGAGCAGCUGGAGACAAAGCUAUAAGGGACACUGCGUGGUCAAGAGCAGUCCUGUUGGGUGCAUCGGCUGCUGUUCCUAACCUUCUGGUGUACCUCACGGGGAAGACGAGAUUGUUCAACCAGAACUCCAUGCUCCGAGCGCCUCUUCGGCAUGUGAGCACGGCGAUGGUCUUCGGAAUGAUGAUCCCACUGUCCUUCAGCAUCUUCCCCCAGCUGGGGACGAUUAAAAAGGACAAGUUGGAGAAGGAGCUGCAGGCGGCCGCGGUCGAUGGCGAGCUGUUCUACCACCGGGGGCUCUGAGGAGCGAUGGACCCCUGUGGCUUUACCCAUUGACUCCAGAUAACCUCGCACACCAAGACAUCGAAACCGUCAGUCCCAUUAUCGUUCUGCUUUACCGCUUCCUGUCCAGGAGUAUUGGAUGCUGUUGGUGUUUUAAACGACAAAUGGAAGGGUAAUAUCUUGGGGAGACAUGAAGAAUAUAUAGCACAACCUGGGCAAUUAUAUUAUUAUUGAUAAUAAAUGUAUUUAAUGGAUGCAUGGAGUGCAAUUAUUUUU